GCGGUGACUCGCAAAGACUACCCGUUGUGGUGGCUGCCUAUUGUGGCAACACUGGGUGAGAGGGGAAGCAGUUCGUUCAUUGAGGGGGCAGAGGUUGGGCACACAGCACCGAGGACCACACUCCGCUCAUACACGAUGGUGGCGACGCUGGCAGUAGUGGUGGACGGCACGACGGAGGAGGGGCUGCGGGAGGGCGCCAAGCGGGUCCUCGCACAUGUCAGGCCUCACUGGCAGCACUCUAACCUUACUUUUAAGACGUACACCGCGGGCGUGACGAACAUCCUGGUGGGCGUGUGGUGCGGCCAGGAAAGGGAGCAGGUGCUGGUGCGAGUCUAUGGUAACAACACUCAUCUCUUCAUCGACCGACAGCAGGAGAUCGACACCAUGCAGGCUGUGCACGCCGCUGGGUGUGGGCCGCAGGUGUUCGCAGCUUUCACCAAUGGACUGUGCUACGCCUUCACGCCCGGGGUGCCACUCACCAUCCAGGACGUGACCCACCAGCCAGUGUGGCAUGCCAAUGCUAGACAAAUGGCCACCUUCCACAAGAUUCAGAGCGGAGAACAGCAGAAACCUAUGCUGUUCACCAAAAUACGUCAGUUCCUCGCCCUCCUGCCGCCCGCCUUCACAGAUCCUAAGAAACAGAAAAGACUGGAGGAGAGCGGUUGCACAAGAGACGCUCUGGUUCGUCUGACCGAAGAGCUGGAGACCCACCUGGUGCCCCUGGGGUGUCCUGUGGUGUUCUGCCAUAACGAUCUGGUCAUGAGGAACAUUAUCUGGGACAAGAACUCUGCUUCUGUGUCCUUCAUUGACUUUGAGUACUCAGCCCCGAACUACCAGCCCUUCGACAUCGCCAACCACUUCAACGAAUAUUCUGGGAUGGAUGAAAUGGAUUACAGUUUGUAUCCCAGCGAGGAGGCACAGCGGGCAUGGCUAAAGAGCUACUUGGCUCAAUAUCGCGGCGUGACUGAGGAAGAGGUGCAGAUGGACGAGGUAGAGCUGUGGUUAGCCUGGGUCACCAAGUUCACCCUGGCGUCUCACCUCUUCUGGGGCAUGUGGGGCUUCCUGCAGGCGUGCCACUCCUCCAUAGACUUCGACUACGUGAAGUACGGCAUCGCUCGCCUGGCGGAAUACCACAGAAAGAAGCAAGAAGUGUUUGCUUUGGCCGUGGGUACUGCUGUCCCCUCGCCGCCAGUGCCUCACGGAACGGCCAGAAGCACCAGCUGAAGUUCGUUCGUAGAGCUCUUCCAUGCAGUCACGUAGCCGAAUUACAAGUUAGAUGACACUGGAAGCGAUGCUACUGGAUAGUCAUGUAUUCAGAUUUUGUUAUUAUUAUAUUUUGUGCCACUAUAUUCACAAAAAAAAAAAAAAAGCUGAUGUAUUAACCUCUACGUACUUUUUAUAUUUUGUAAGCAUAUUACAGUUAGAGGUCGCGUUUGUAACUUCGACUCAGAUCAGGGGCUCCAAUCAAAUGGUGUUGCUAACCUAGCAUACGUUAAAAUCUUUGCCAAUAUGGAUACUCGUAUAUAUAUAUAUAUAUAUAUAUAUAUAUAUAUAUAUAUAUAUAUAUAUAUAUAUAUAUAUAUAUAUAUAUAUAUAUAUAUAUAUAUAUAUAUAUAUAUAUAUAUAUAUAUAUAUAUAUCAAUAACUCGACUACACAGCCCAGCCAACCUUUUACAUGAACAGAGCUGAUCGGGAAACGAGUAUCUAGGUAAAUACUUUGGACUAGCUUUAGUUGAAGUUCUGUCAGUGUGGGUACUCAUAUAUUGUGCCAACCAAAUGCCUGUACUGUACUGACUUGCCAGCCUUACAUGUGCAGAGUUGGUCAUGAAACAAUUUUUUUUUUUAAGUAACAAAACUAUUCAAGGGAAAACCGGAGCAACUUGACAAUUAGCAUAAUGACUUCUCCUUUGCAUUCCAGUCUGGCUAAGAUUACUAUCGUGAUUACGACUACAGAAAACACCAAAGCAAAUUAGACUACAAAUCUUAUUAAUACCGGCAUCGUUCGGUCAUAGUUAUUAUUUUUGUUCAACAGUUAAAUUUAGUAUUAGUUAUUUUACUUCAAUGGUGAUCCUUUAUUAACAUUCAGAGCACUAUAGAAACUGAUUCAUAGAGAGAGAGAGAGAGAGAGAGAGAGAGAGAGAGAGAGAGAGAGAGAGAGAGAGAGAGAGAGAGAGAGAGAGAGAGAGAGAGAGAGAGAGAGAGAGAGAUUUCGUCUUUUAUAGGCUACAAAACUAUGCAAGAGAAUGCAGUACAAAAAUAAAUGAUAAGAAAUUCGUAAUUGAUGGCGGGAAAAUUUGUUUAGUAGUGAAAGGAUUAAAAGUAACAAUGUAGAGGACGGGGAAGUGGCGGUAAAACUAGUCAGUACCAACAUUAUGCCGGAGAGUCCACGUGCAUUGAGUCAAUAGGGCAGAGAUAAACUUCCUCUUUGCUUUGUCAUUUAACCAUCAUGGUCAGGUAUAUGUUGUGACCUUACUGCCAAUAUGCGUGGCAGCACUUUAAGAACAGUUAAGACACUCUCGGAACGUAUGUAUGUGUGUGUUUUGGCAGACUCCUUGACAAUGAUGAUAAUGAUAGAAGUAAGUAGCAUACGUCAAACUUCGCUUUUAUUUGAUAAUAUUAAUGAUUUCCUAGUUAGUGUAUUGCAAAAAAAGUGAUCUUUACUCACAUCAAUAUGACAGUGUUAAUAUGGUGUACGAUUAUAAGCAAGGACAUUUUAUUAUAAUUACACUCAUAAUUUGCCUCUCACAAGCAAUUUACCAAGGUGAAUCACACUGUGAAUCGCACGAUCAACUCAUCGACAAUAUUCAUGGGCUCCUUGUCACUCCCUGGUAGGUUUAUGGCAGCCUUACUGCGUUCUUAUUCUGGUAUCAACCUUACUUUCCUACAGUCAGUUUUUACUAUCAGCCUGCUCCUGCAGAAUAUUCGUCCUCUGUUAACACCACCAUACAGGAUUGUAUCGUUUAUAUUCCUUGAUAAACACACCAGGUUUCUUUCUAGUGUAAUUGAGAUGAAAUGAUGAAGAGUAAAAUCAUACCAUUACAGCUCCCAGGACAUUGUGUAUGUAUAUCAUUGAGUGAUGGGCAGCAGUGUUCUGUGUUGACUCAGGCCAGGAAGUGGCCAAAACAUGUGACUUGCCUGAAGACAUGGGAAAUAUUAAUAAUAUGCAUAUUAGUACCUCUUAA